AUGACAUCUGACGACAAGCUCGACCAGCUGCUGCAGUCCUUCCAGGGUUUCGGCCAGCAGCUUGCGUCGUCCAGCUACGAGAUUCCCUUCCUCGAGAAGCAGGGUCAGACAACGCAGCAGAGGUUCGACGCCUUAAUCACACAGAUCGGCUCACUCUCCACCGAGAUGGAGAAGAAAGAUUCUCUCCUCAAGGGCCAUGUUUCUGCGACGUGGGCUGACCUCAACGACGGCGUCGUUCAGCUCAAGGUCGAGGGCAACACCCGCAUCAAAAACGCCGCCCCGUGCCAUGCGAUGCCGGCCUACUCGAUGCACGUUGGCGACGACGACGGCCCACAUGGGACCGCUCAGCAACGCAUCCAGGCGACCAAGGAGCAGUUGAAGUCGAUCUCGACUCCGCACUCGUCGGCUGGCUCUCGCUCUACCUUUGCCUCUCACACCGUGAAGGCUCAGGACAACAGCUGCAAGCUCAUCGUCAUCGGUUUCCCGCGCAGGAUGGUGCAGUCGACGCUGCGCAACGUCGGCGAUGCGAGCCGAUUGGAGUUCGUCCGGACGGACCCCCGCUAUAUCAUCGCAACCUUGGACAGUGCCAAGAAGAUUACGCUCGAAUUUGAGAUCGCGGACUCGCUCGCGCCGACGGUGCCCCUCAGCUUACGUGUCAAGCGCGACCAGGGCAUCACUGGCCGCCAGCUCUUUCUCUCCAUGGGUCGACUUCGCUCAUGCCUGACGCGCGUCCCCCGGGACAUGCAGAUCCCCGUCGUGAGCAGCGGCGUCGGCGGAUUGGCGCGUGCGUUCCGAGGUCAGGAGGGCCCCGCGCCAACGGUCCAGCUCAGCUGCGCUGAAGGGCACCUCGGCGCAUCAGUCGACGUCGACGC